AUGGGGCCAACCGGUUCUGGGAAAAGUUCGUUUAUAGACAAAGUCGUCACGGAGGGGAUGGGAGAGGGUGUGGGGCAUGGUUCAACUUCCUGUACAAGGGAGGUCAAAGCCACCAGAUGUACGCUCAAAGGAUCCAGUGUGGUUCUGGUAGACACUCCGGGGUUUGAUGAUACGGAGAGAUCCGAUUGGGAAAUCCUGGAAAUCAUUUCCAACUGGCUGAACGAGGAGUACCAGACCGGGACCAUCCUUUCGGCCCUUCUUUGGUUUCAUCGCAUAUCAGAUAAUCGCAUGGCUGGAUCCCCACUAAAGAACCUUCGAGUCUUUGAAAAGUUGUGCGGGAAAUGUGCCAUGUCCAAGGUUGUCCUAGUCACUACAAUGUGGGAUGAAGUGGAAUAUCAUGUUGGUGAGGCAAGGCUGGAAGAGCUCAAAGUCACUUACUGGAAGGCGAUGAUAUCGAGAGGGUCGAAGACAUUCGAGUACGGGAACACUCGAGAAUCAGCCAUUCAACUAAUUCAAUCCGUUGUACUUCGGCAACAGGAGACAACACGAAAGGGAGUCCAGUUGCAAGUGGAAAUUUCGGAUUUGGAGAUGGAGUUGCGGGAAACUGCGGCUGGGCGGGAGUUGUGUUCUUCUUUGGAAGAACUCACACGUAGGCGCAAGGAGUUGCUUCGAAGACUUCAAGCAGAGGCCAAGGGAGCAGACCCGCGAAUCGCAGAAGACCUGCGGAGAGAAUGUGACGAAUUACAA